GCUCCCGAGCGCCCGAGCCCCGCGGCGCCCCUCGGCCCCCGCGUGCGGCGCCGCCCGCCCCCGCCCCGCCGGCGCCCGCCUAGGCCGCGGCUGCAGCCCCGGGCUCGCAUCGGCGCCGCCCGCUCCCCGGCCCGCCCCCUAUGGGCCCCGGCUAGAGGCGCCGCCGCCGCCGCAGGCCCGCGGAGCCUCGAUGCUGGCCCGGAGGAAGCCGGUGCUGCCGGCGCUCACCAUCAACACCGCCAUCGCCGAGGGCCCGUCCCCCACCAGCGAGGGCGCCUCCGAAGCGAACCUGGUGGACCUGCAGAAGAAGCUCGAGGAGCUCGAACUCGAUGAGCAGCAGAAGAAGCGCCUGGAAGCCUUCCUCACCCAGAAGGCCAAGGUCGGGGAGCUCAAAGAUGACGACUUCGAGAAGAUCUCUGAGCUCGGGGCCGGCAAUGGCGGCGUGGUCACCAAGGUCCAGCACAGACCCUCGGGGCUCAUCAUGGCCCGAAAGCUGAUCCACCUGGAGAUCAAGCCUGCCGUCCGGAACCAGAUCAUCCGGGAGCUGCAGGUGCUGCACGAGUGCAACUCGCCGUACAUCGUGGGCUUCUACGGCGCCUUCUACAGCGAUGGCGAGAUCAGCAUCUGCAUGGAGCACAUGGACGGGGGCUCCCUGGACCAGGUGCUGAAGGAGGCCAAGCGCAUCCCCGAGGAGAUCUUGGGGAAGGUCAGCAUAGCGGUCCUUCGGGGCUUGGCCUACCUCCGGGAGAAGCACCAGAUCAUGCACCGAGAUGUGAAGCCGUCCAACAUCCUGGUCAACUCCAGGGGGGAGAUCAAGCUGUGCGACUUUGGGGUGAGCGGGCAGCUCAUUGACUCCAUGGCCAACUCGUUCGUGGGGACGCGGUCCUACAUGUCGCCCGAGCGUCUGCAGGGCACCCACUAUUCAGUCCAGUCGGACAUCUGGAGCAUGGGCCUGUCCCUCGUGGAGCUGUCCAUCGGCCGCUACCCCAUCCCCCCGCCCGACGCCAAGGAGCUGGAGGCCAUCUUCGGCCGGCCCGUGGGGGACGGCGCCGAGGGCGAGCCCCACAGCGUGUCGCCCCGGCCGCGGCCCCCCGGGCGCCCCAUCAGCGGGCACGGCAUGGACAGCCGGCCGGCCAUGGCCAUCUUCGAGCUGCUGGACUAUAUUGUGAAUGAGCCACCACCCAAGCUGCCCACUGGUGUUUUCACACAGGAUUUCCAGGAGUUUGUAAAUAAAUGUCUAAUCAAGAACCCAGCGGAACGAGCAGACCUGAAGAUGCUCAUGAACCAUGCUUUCAUCAAACGCUCCGAGGUGGAAGAGGUGGACUUUGCCGGUUGGCUCUGCCGGACACUGCGGCUGAACCAACCCAGCACGCCCACCCGCACCGCCGUGUGACGAUGCCCCACGGACCCCCCUCCACCGCUGGACCCCCGGACACGUGCCUCUCCUGCCUGGGCUCCUGGGGGGGUGCGCCUCUGUG